AUGAGUUUAAAUAAUGACAACAAUAUGGCUACGGUUGAUUCCGACCUGCCGUUUGUGUCUAGUAAUGUCGUUGAGUGGGUCGAAAUCGUCGAACCGCAGACGAAACAGCACAUGUAUGCCAACCUGAUAACUGGCCAGUGCUCUUGGGAGCCUCCACCUGGUGCCAUAGUGAAACGAACCCAUGAAAAUCAAUGGUGGGAGCUGUUUGACUCCAAGACGAAUCGGUACUACUACUACAAUGCUGCAUCAAUGAAAACGAUCUGGCAACGGCCAGCCGGGCCCGAGAUCGACAUCAUUCCACUUGCGAAACUGCAGACGUUGAAGGAAAACACUGAAGGUGCUGAACAUGCAAGGGUACGAAGGACGUGUGAAACUCAAACAUCACCGGCUAUUCGACGAGUAGCGGGUGGAUCUCGUCGUGUGAUCGCUCAAAAUAUCGGGCCUGAGACGGGUGUUAUAGUUACCAGAACUGCAAGUCGGUCGUCCAAUGGUACAGUGAAUGGAAUGCAGCAAUCGUUUGAUUGGAUGUCGCUAGACGAUAAGAGUGAUAGUCUUUCAAUUGGAGAUAGAUGUGAGUAUCGCGACUAUAACAGGGAUUUCGGCAGAUCACCACGACAGUUUCCUCCUUUUCCUACCAUGGGGACGACUUCAUCGAUAUCGACUGUGCCUUCAGCAGAUUCGAUUCCGAUGCGUUCUUCACGGUCAUCCAGUCCACCACCACAAAAGCGGCAGUUGUUCUCCACUAAUACGGGUCCAAAGAAAUGCAAUUCAGGAGGAUGGGCAAAAGAUGCACCUAAGCAGCCGUUAUCUGCACCGGAUAACAAGCAGCUUAAAAAGGAGUCUCUAGCCAUUUUCAAACUUAUUCAGGGAUAUAUGGGUGAUAGGAAGAGCAAAAUGCCAAUUGAUCAGCAAGCACUAAAUCUCUGUGAACUUGGAAUUUCAAGGCAGGAGUGCACAGAUGAAGCUGUGGCACAACUUAUGCAGCAGCUUACGGACAACGAACGACCUGAUAGUGUUAGGCGUGGCUGGGAGUUACUGGCGAUAAUCUUAAAUUUUGUAUCGCCAUCAGAAAAGCAAGCGUCCCUACUGUCUGAAUUUAUCGAUAGAAAUUCAGAGAAAAUAUUUGAUAGGCCUGAGUACGGAAACCAGCCAGAUUUACUGGAACCGUGCACGGCGCGCUCGCCGAACACUGUUGGUGUUUGCAAAGCCAAACGCUUGCUGUCUUCAGGCCAAAAAUUGCAGGUUGCCGUCUCUCACUUUGCACAACAGUGUGCAAAGAGGCUGUCUAAGUCACACAUUCGACCAAAACCAUCUCUUGCGGCAAUGCAAGAAGCGAGGGUACACAUUUUCAAUCCCCCACAGUUCUCUGCUUCACUGAUCGACCUGAUGGAAAUGCAGUCUGAAAGAUUCCCUCAGUUUCAGUUGCCGUGGAUCGAAGUAACACUAAUUGAUUUACUCUAUGAGUCAGGUGCAAGGCAUACUGAAGGGUUGUUUAGAGUGGCAGCUGAUCCUGACCAACUGAUGACCACCCGUGCUCGACUGGAUAUGUUUGUCGUUCCUGUGGUGCACGAUGCACACGUUCCAGCAGGAUUGUUAAAACUCUGGCUUCGGCAGUUACCAGAGCCACUGAUUCCUCAUGCGUUCUACCACCGGGCCCUUACUUCUUCAGAGAGUCCUGCGGAAGUUUCUCGACUUGUUCAAGUGCUUCCAAACAUCAAUCAACUUGUUCUUGCAAAACUAGUGUCCUGUUUGCAGGAUCUGUCUCGAGAUGAAGUCGUUGCUCAUACAAAAAUGGAUGCUUCGAACCUUGCAAUGGUUAUGGCUCCAAAUGUGUUGAGGUGUGAAAGUGAAGACCCUCGAGUGAUUUUUGAGAAUACACGUCGAGAGAUGACAUUUCUGAAGACAUUGAUCAUGAACUACGAUACCUCGUUUAUUCAUAACGUGACAUGA